AUGUUUAAUGCAAGGAUUUUUGCUAGGGCACCGAUCUUGCUCCGCUCUUCAUACACCAGAGGCUCUCCUCUGCGGCAAAACUUUUGCCUCGCGCAUAGUACAAUACAGCGAAGUUUUUCAACGCAACUGGGACCCGUGAUGAAAGAUAUCAUUCAAGAUUUAUACGUUAAAGAGCUCAAAACCUAUAAGCCGCUCCCUGAGAAACCUGGCGACGAACACGGUAAUGUCAAAGACCUUCGCUUACCACCUCCUCCUCAGCCUCCUGGUGUAGAUGAGGACAUUGAAUCAGAGUUGGCAGCAUAUGAUGUCGAAGAAUUACCGGGAGAAGAAGAGGCAGCAUUAGAGACAUUGCUAGAAGAUCAAUUUCUGAAGGAAGAGGAGGAGGUUUCUCAUGCACACGCUUAG